GUUCAGUGUUCAGAUCGUUCAAUCGCUGCGGGGCUCAGAAAUCAUGCGUCGCGGGGGAAGACCGACGUUGAGGCAAGGCCUGGAUCGGGAGGUCUACCAGAUCGUGCGCAAAAUCAUUGACGAUCAAUCGGAGAAUGAUAAAAUCCGUCUCUCGGUGCCGGCGAUCUACGAUACCAUCAAGCGCUCUAACUCGAGCCUGAAUAGGAAGCCGAAGCGUAUGCUGGAAGACAGCAUCGAGCGGGUGGUCGAAGUGGUCAAAACCGACGAGCUUGGACAGGAUGACGAGGAUUCUGUAGAGGGUGACUUUGCGGGACUGGAGGAAACACCGCCGGUUCCGGAGUCCAACAGUCUCAACAAGAGCAUGGUGGGCAUGUGGAAUACGACGUCGAAACAACCGAAACCCGCCGAGCCCAAUAGCACCGAGUCUGCCGCCCCUGCGACCACAUCUUCCAGUAAAAGACGACAGCAUGGAGGAGAAUCUCAUUCCUCCAAGCGCCGCAAGGCCGAGAGCACGGUCGACCGAUCACCUCCAACCCAUGUGAGUCUCACGGACCUGGGUGGACUCGACGACGUGGUUCAGGACCUUGGAGAUCUUGUCAUUCUCCCCAUGACUCGUCCACAAGUCUACAUGUCAUCGAACGUACAACCCCCGCGAGGUGUUCUGUUGCAUGGUCCGCCAGGAUGCGGUAAAACCAUGAUCGCCAAUGCCUUUGCAGCCGAAUUGGGGGUGCCUUUCAUCGCCAUAUCGGCCCCGUCGAUUGUCUCGGGAAUGUCAGGAGAGUCUGAAAAGGCCCUGCGGGAGCACUUUGAGGAAGCCAAGAAAAUCGCCCCUUGUCUGAUCUUCAUCGAUGAGAUUGACGCCAUCACGCCUAAACGAGAAAGCGCACAGAGGGAGAUGGAGAAGAGAAUAGUCGCCCAGCUCUUAACAUGCAUGGAUGACCUCGCCCUGGAGAAGACGGACGGUAAGCCAGUUAUCGUCCUUGCCGCUACUAAUCGGCCCGACAGCUUGGAUGCUGCCCUGCGGCGAGGAGGCCGCUUUGACAAGGAGAUCAACAUGACCGUGCCGUCGGAGCCCAUGAGAGAGCAGAUCCUUCGGGCACUCACGCGCAAAAUGCGCCUGGCCGAUGACUUGGACUUUAAGACUCUGGCGAAGCGAACCCCAGGCUUUGUGGGCGCGGAUCUGAACGAUCUAGUUUCUACCGCCGGCUCUGCAGCUAUCAAGAGAUACCUGGAGCUCUUGAAAUCCCACGGCGGCGAAGAAAUGGAAAUUGAAGAAGUCGAUGACAUCAGCCCCAAGAUCAAGGAGCUGCGUCGUCUCAUCGCUCACGCCAAGGAGACGCCGAUGGGCGAGGAAGCCCAAGUGGUUCUGGUCUCCAACGCAGAUUUCUUCACGGCGCUUCCCAAAAUCCAGCCAUCCUCGAAGCGUGAAGGCUUUGCCACCAUCCCUGAUACCACGUGGGCGGAUAUUGGGGCUCUUAGCGGCAUCCGCGAUGAACUGGCGACUGCGAUUGUCGAGCCGAUCAAGAACCCGGAUAUUUACGCCAAUGUCGGCAUCACAGCGCCUACCGGGGUGCUCCUCUGGGGCCCCCCUGGAUGUGGUAAAACCCUGUUGGCGAAGGCCGUGGCCAACGAGUCGCGCGCCAACUUCAUCAGUGUCAAGGGUCCCGAGUUGCUCAACAAGUACGUCGGUGAAUCGGAGCGUGCCGUGCGGCAGGUAUUUGUGCGCGCGCGGUCAUCCAUCCCCUGUGUCAUUUUCUUCGACGAGCUCGACGCCUUGGUGCCUCGACGAGACGAUACGCUGUCCGAAGCCUCGGCCCGCGUGGUCAACACCCUGCUCACCGAACUGGAUGGCCUGGGCAGCAAUCGCCAGGGAAUCUAUGUCAUAGCGGCCACCAACCGACCGGAUAUCAUCGACCCGGCGAUGCUGCGUCCAGGACGCCUGGAAACCUUGCUCUUCGUGAACCUUCCCAGUCCCUUGGAGCGGGUCGAAAUCCUCCAGACCCUGGUCCGCAACCUCCCCAUCGAGUUCAACGAGGACCUCAGACGACUGGCGGAGGAAUGCGAAGGGUACAGCGGUGCCGAUCUGGGAAGUCUGCUGCGUCGCGCCGGAUACUCGGCCAUCAAGAGGCGCGAUACCAUCGCAAUCCAGGACUUUGUGGCUGCGAAGGAGUUCAUUCGCCCGAGUGUGUCGGAUCUGAAGAAAUACGAAAAACUGCGGAGAGAUUGGGGUGGAGGUGUGCUGUAAAUGUAAAUACCAUAGAUUUUCCUAUUCAUUAUUGUUCUUUACCCUCCUUCUAUAUGCCCCAAUACAAAG